AUGGCUUUUGUUGAAGCCGACUCUUAUGGUGAACGUCGUGGUGCUGCAUACGGCAUAGCUGGUAUUGUCAAGGGAAUGGGUGUCUCCUCACUUAAGGAACUGGAUCUUCUACCAGCUAUUCAAAAAGCACUCUUAGAGAAAAAGAAUGCCAAACAUCGCGAGGGUGGCUUGCUAGCGUUGGAAAUUCUGUGCAGUACUGUUGGUAAACUUUUUGAGCCAUACAUGAUUCAAGCGUUGCCGUCACUGCUGCUUUGUUUCGGUGAUAGCGAUGAGAAUGUCCGCAAAGCGGCUGAGGAUACUGCUGUGGCCAUGAUGUCAUCAAUGUCACCCCAUGGAACGAAGCUGGUUCUUCCAUCACUACUGACAGCACUUGACGAUGAGUCUUGGCGGACGAAAUGUGCAGCAACCGAGCUACUUGGCUCCAUGGCGUUCUGCGCUCCUCGACAACUCUCAGCCUGCCUACCUAAUAUUGUUCCAAAACUUAUCGAAGUAUUGGCGGACUCAUCGUCGAAGGUCCAACGAAGUGGUGAAAAAGCCCUUAGACAGAUUGCGAGUGUCAUCAGGAAUCCAGAAAUCUUGGGAGUGUCAAAUCAACUAAUUUCGGGUUUGCUGGAUCCGGCCAACAAAACUAAUUAUGCUUUACAGGUAAAAGAGACUUGA